AUGGCGGAAGCUGUCGCUGCUCAAACUCCGUCGCUCUCCGAGCAAUAUCAUUUGGAGAAAGAAGCGAAGCAAGACACAAGUGCAAAGCCUGUGGAAGCGAAAGAGGUGACACCAGAGGUUACCACUACUCAAGCUGAGGAGGUUAGCAAGGACCAAGCCAAGGACGAAUCUCCUGUUGAGGAAGCGGUUUCUGCAGUUGAAGAGAACACAGAAGCGACUUCUGAAGAGGUUCCUGUUGCUGCAGAAGUAGAAGCUCCUCCGGCUGCUGAAGAAACUAAUGAAGAAAAGACUAGUGAAGAAGUCCCUGAGGAAACUCCUGAUGAGAUUAAGCUUGAGACAGCUCCUGCUGAUUUCCGUUUCCCGACAACAAACCAAACGAGGCAUUGUUUCACUCGUUACAUUGAAUAUCACAGAUGUGUAGCUGCAAAGGGUGAUGAAGCUCCAGAAUGCGAUAAGUUCGCAAAGUUUUAUCGAUCUCUUUGCCCCAGCGAAUGGGUUGAUAGGUGGAACGAGCAAAGAGAGAAUGGAACUUUCCCAGGUCCUCUUUAA